CCCCUCCCUGUGACCCCGCAGUGAAGGUGAAGAAGCCGAUCCAGACCAAGUUCCGCAUGCCCGUCUUUAACUGGGUGGCCCUGAAGCCGAGCCAGAUCGACGGCACCGUCUUCACCGAGCUCAACGAUGAGAAGGUGCUGCAGGAGCUGGACAUGAGCGACUUUGAGGAGCAGUUUAAGACCAAGGCACAGGGCCCUGCCCUGGACAUCAGUGCCCUCAAGAGCAAGGCCACGCAGAAGGCCCCCAGCAAGGUGACCCUCAUGGAGUCCAACCGUGCCAAGAACUUGGCCAUCACCCUGCGCAAGGGCGGCCGCAGUGUCCAGGACAUCUGCACGGCCAUCGAGACGUACGACCAGCAAGCCCUGAGCCUCGACUUCCUGGAGCUGCUGCUGCGCUUCCUGCCCACCGAGUACGAGCGGAACCUGAUCGGGAAGUUUGAGCGGGACCAGCAGCCGCCAGAGGAGCUCUCAGAUGAGGACCGGUUCAUGAUCUGCUUCAGCAAGAUCCCGCGCCUGGCCGAGCGCAUGAACGUCAUGAUCUUCCUGGGCAGCUUCGGCGACACGGCCCAGCUGCUGAUGCCGCAACUCAACGCC